CACAUGACGAGAAAAAAACGCACCCCACACGCAAUUAUCUUUAUGCUCACGAGGCUACACGCCUGCGCCACCCAGUGUACGAAUUCUGAAGCAAUUGGUUGACAUAUGCCACUGGGUAGGCUACUUAUUAAGGAUUCCAAAACAUUCACUGGCCACCCCCCGUUAUUUGAAUGCAACACAUGUGCUUGAGGAAUUAACGCAAUAUCUCCACAAAUAUGUAUAAACUUUUACGGCAAUUGAACCGAUUAAUUCCACUAGGCUUCAAAUGUAAGCCUACACUUAGCCGCAAUUCCUAACCGAGUAAUGAGAUUCACUGCGCUAAGCCAGUUAUUCCUUGUCGCAACAUUACUCAAGCCAAAUUAAGAAAUCAUUUUUUUUUCUCCUUGAAGCCUUGCAGUCUACCACCACCACGUAAGCUGUUUGGUUUCAUUGAAGAAGAGUAACUCUCAUUUUAUAUUAACUUCCAGUUUACGCAUGAUACACUGGAAGACACUGACCCCCCUCCCUCUCCCCCUCUCUCCCUCUCUCUCGCUUUCUCUGUCUUUCUCUCUCCGUCUCCCUCAACCACACACCACACAACGCAAGAGUUGACGGGAGGUAAUCCCCUCCAUGUGAGGAGGCGGACCGGGUGUGGAGGCGUGUUGUUUUUCAUUCAAAUCCUUACUAGUCCUAUAAAAGCAGAACUUUAGGCAGAGGGUGUCGAAGUAGAUGGGAGAGAGGUAACCGACACGAUUGUCUCCCCGGCCGGAGGGUAACGGAGAUGCAGCUGUCUGCAGGUGUCCAAACGGCGCGGGUGCUGAGGUACGCAACCGUAUGCCUGCUGCUCUUCCCCCGCUUUUUGCUGGCGGCUUUGAUGUUGUGGCUUCUCGACUUCCUCUGCAUCAGACGGAAGGUCCUGAUGAAGGUGAGGGAACAGGAGACAAAUGCCGACGAUCCCCCAGUGUGCGUGUCCGACUCGAACAAAAUGUUUACAUGGGAGUCGCUCCGCGCCGUCUGGUACGGCCAAAAACUGGACCUUUUCAAAUCGGCACACCUGGGAUAUAGCGCGCCGAACACCGAAGUAGUUCAGCUUCACCCUCGUAAGCGAACGCGCAUUCUGGACUAUGCGCGGGGACGCAGACCACUCAUUCUAAACUUCGGCAGCUGCUCCUGACCGCCGUUUAUGACGCGUCUGUCAGCCUUCCAACGGGUCGUCAGUCAGUAUGCGGACAUUGCAGACUCUCUGCUUGUAUAUAUCGAGGAGGCACAUCCGUCAGAUGGAUGGGUGAGCACCGACGCUCCAUACCAGAUUCCCAAACACCAGAGUCUGGAUGACAGGCUGAAAGCCGCAAAGCUUAUGCAUCUGGAGACUCCUGCCAUCGUCGUGGUGGUCGAUACCAUGGAGAAUACAUCCAAUGCAGCUUACGGGGCAUAUUUUGAGAGACUUUACAUCCUUAAGGAUGAAAAGGUUGUUUUUCAGGGAGGUAGAGGUCCGGAGGGAUACCGGAUCUCGGAGCUGAAAAAUUGGCUCGAGCAAUACCGGAACACCCUUGAUAAUUCCAGAACUGUGGUUGUUCACGUUUAAUGUGAAUUUAAAUCGUUAUUUAAUCUACGUUCAAAAGAAUGGUGCAUCAGAGAAAAUAUGAAUUUAGGGCCACCAAGCUGCUAUGACUGGUGAACGACAUAUUUUGUUUUGUUUAAAAGUCUUGUGGAAGUUGUGUUCUAUUUAGAGUGGUAACGCGAACGCAUGAUAAGCUGUUGUGAUUGUGUUGCCCUUGUUCGUUUUGUUAAAAAAUGUCCCUAUGUUUACAGUGCGUGAAAAUUAAUAUUUCCUCAUUGUUUGCACCCGCAGUUUAUUGAUCCCCUGAUUGUAUUUUAUUUUUAUAUUCUGUAUGUGUGUAUGUAUGUAUGUGAGAGUGGGCGCGCGUUUCUGUUGCCAUGAGGCUGAGUCUGAGUGCUCCUGUGUUGUUGUGAAGUUCGGUUUUUAAAAGGUUUCUCACCAGAAAACCGAUACUGAUGGAUUUAAACACUCGAUAACUCGGUGAUCAGCCAAUGUCAACAUGAUCAAUUGCCAAACAAUGUUUUGUAAAUUAUGUCUAUUUUGCCGAUCAGAAAAUUAGCCUAUUUUUAAAUAAAUGUUAGAAUUGACAA